AUAGGAUGCUGUGGUGUGUGUGUGUCAGAGAAGCAGGCGGUGGAAGGCUGAAUUGUUACCACAGCUCCACAUGGAUGAGGAUUAAUUCAUUAGAUUAUCACACAAUUACUUCUCAACACACACACACACACAGGUCUGUUAGCUGGAAGAUGCUGCAUUAACUCAUAACAAGCCACUGUCUCCCUAGAUGACCGUGGUGAGUCAGCCAUGCAGGAGAUGCAGAGGGCGAGAGAGAGAGGGGGAUGAAGAGAGGCUAGAGGAGAAGAGGAACAGGAACGGAUUCCACAGCUGCCGCUGGUCGCGAGGAGCACCUGGUAUGAGAGGGGAUAGAGUGUUUCCUAGAGAGGAGGAAGGGGAGGAGGGAUGGAGAGGAGGCUGUCGUGCAGUGACAGGCUCUGAUGGCUCCUCGCUCCCUGGGAGAGUCAGAGACAGAAACACAGCGGCUGAGGAGGGACAGGAGGUAUUUGGAAAGUGAAGUGGGAUCAGAGGAGGAGGGUGUGUUUUGGUUCGGGACGAAAGGAACGGGAGUAACAUGGCCGCUCAGUCUGAUGGAGGGGGAUGGGGAGGAAUGGGGGAGGGUGUGGGGGAGGGGGUGUUUGAUGGAGACACAGAGGGAGACUGUCAGCCUCUGGAAUCUGCAGCCAUUCACAUCUGUCUCUGUUGCCACUCUGCGGUCUGCUAUUGGGGCUGUCGCUCCAACUGCCUGGGAAACCUGCUGGGGGAGGACACUACUGGAGGAAUUGGAGGGACCGGAGUUGGCAGGGGUAACGAUUUAAGGGAGACUCGCUGCCCGCCAGAGGAGGGCCUGUGGCUGGACUGCCUCUGGCUGAUCCUGGCUCUUCUCGUCUUCUUUUGGGAUGUGGGAACAGACCUACUUCUCGCUGCGGACUACUACACCAGACAGGACUAUCUGUGGUUUGGUCUGACGCUUUUUCUUGUACUGGUGCCGUCGAUGGUAGUUCAGAUCCUGAGCUUCCGCUGGUUCAUCCAGGACUACAGCGGAGAGUGUCUGACAACCUGGCUGGGGACAGUGGACUGCAGCAAGGGAGGAGAGAGAGAAAAGCUGACCAGGCGAGGUCCAGCUGAACAAAGAUGGAUUUAUCCCGGGUCAGACCGGGUCAGAGUGGCCUCAGUGUGGCUGUGGCAGAUCACCAUACACAUUCUACAGCUGGGACAGGUCUGGAGGUAUAUCCGUACGUUGUACCUGGGUAUCCAGUCCCACCGUAUGAAGGAGCUUAAGGAGGCCCAGAGGAGGUUCUACUGGGCCAUGAUGUUUGAGUAUGCAGACGUCAACAUGCUGCGGCUACUGGAGACCUUCCUGGAGUCAGCUCCUCAACUAGUACUACAGCUCUGUAUUAUGAUACAGCAGAACCGGGCUGAGACUCUACAGUGUAUAUCUAGUCUAGGCUCUCUUCUGUCUCUAUCCUGGGUGUUGGCUUCGUACCACAAGCUCCUGCGUGACUCCAGGGACGACCAGCGCAGUCUGAGUUACCGCGGUGCCCUUCUCCACCUUCUCUGGCGCCUCUUCACCAUCUCCUCCCGCGUUCUCUCUCUCGCCCUCUUCGCCUCCCUCUUCCACCUGUACUUUGGCAUCUUUGUGGUGCUCCACUGGUGUGGCAUGGCACUGUGGGUGGUGCAUGGAGGAACAGACUUCUGUAUGUCUCGCUGGGAGGAGGUGCUAUUUAACAUGGUGGUGGGGAUCGUCUACAUCUUCUGUUGGUUCAACGUCAAGGAGGGACACACCAGGGGACGCAUGGUUGCUUACUACUCUGUGGUACUGGCUGAGAAUACACUUCUCACCGGACUGUGGUAUGUGUAUCGUGACCAUGCAGACACAGACAACUACGCGGUGCCAGCGUUGUGUGGUGUCUACCUGUCCUUUGCGGGUGGAGUACUGGUGAUGCUUCUAUACUACGGCCUUCUCCACCCCUCUCACACACACCCCACCCCGGCCUCAACCUGCUGUGACGAGCUGCUGUGGGGUAACCCCCUGCCCCCCUCCGCCACGCCAACCCCAGCCCAUCUGGCCACCCCUUCCCACAGUGAUGACGUCAUCGCAGACAGCUGUCUGCCGGUGUUCCAGGUGCGUUCAGAGCCCCCCACCUCACGCCAUUUCGAGGGUCCUCUGAUAAAGAUUGACAUGCCCAGGAAACGUUACCCGGCCUGGGACGCUCACUACGUGGACAGACGGCUGCGAAGAACCAUCAACCUACUGCAGUACCUGACACCUGCAGCCGCAGGCAUUCGAUACAGGGACAGAUCUCUGCUCUAUGAACUACUGCAGUACGAGUCUUCUCUCUGACACACAUAUACAUAUACAUACAGUUGAAGUCGGAAGUUUACAUAUACUUAGGUUGGAGUCAUUAAAACUAGUUUUUC